AUGCGCUGCCCCACCGGAGCUCCGCCUUCGGGACCCGACGUCCUGCCUUCCCGAAUGACCCCCGCCCAGAUACGCACACUGGGCAUCACCAGGGCCUCGUAUCCGCCUUUCCGCGAGUCCUUCUUCUUCGACCCGCGUGCUAACUCAGCGCUCAAGAAGGGCGGAAGGGCGCCAGAUCGAUUCGUGUACGCACGAGACUCGAGACGGAUGUGGACAACUCAAGGCCCCAGGAUCGACUCGCGUCUGCCAAAGACGACGGUGAAACCUGGCACUGCCUUCCGGAACGAAUGCCUAAGUGCCGACCAACUCUACAGCUCCAACCGCAACUCGUUGGGCUACGAAGUCCAUCGAUCUUUGCGAGGCACCAGCUUGUGCAGUACCUCUAAGCGCUUCAACCAUAAAUCUGUCACUCCAGAGUGUGUUGGUCCUGGAUCCUACGAUGUGAUGAAGAAGCCAAAAGGUCUACUUACAGACCCUCCUGCUCGCCAAAGUGGCGAUUUUCCUCCUCCUAAUCGACUUGCGCACUGGGGCGGGCGGCCUGACUCACGAUCGAUGGACAGUGCGGGUAAAUGGAAGUAUACAUCUGAAAUACCAUCCGUCACGAAAUUCUCGUUCCGCAAGGCGCGGGCUUCGACGUGGAUUGAACAGGUUGAGCAUCGACAGCGGAGAGAAGACCCGUUGGCACGAAAGCCUGAAAUCGGCUUGGUUGUUCGUCCAGAGCAACGACUCCCCCAAUAUUUGCAAGGAACCAGUAAUCCAGUUCAUACCAACCAGGCUCCUAAGCAGAACGCACCAACUCCAAGCUCGGCCCCAGGACGAGCCCGUUCUUUAGUUGUCUCGCUCUACCCUCAAGGAAGUAGCGAAAGCAAGGAUACCGACUAA